CAAAAAAAACACGGAAAGAUACAUCUUGAAAACAACUUACAAUACAAAUAUCUACCAAUUAUUUACUCAUAGUGUAUAAAGAAAAUUUCACACCUACAAAUAUACGUGUUACGUGUACAUAUGUGUAUAAUUGUCAACUGUAUACAUAGAUAUUCCUGAGAUUUGUGUCAGCUGUUCUCUCAGUACACACACGCCCUAGAUAUUGAAGUAUUGAAUUGAAUCUGUGGAUUACGUUCAGGUGGCUGGAUACUAGAGAAACGAAAAGCAGUUUUAUAGUGAUCGAUCACAAUCAGCACUGCAAGCACUUUGUUAAUACCCUGAAAAAUGAACGGCAUGAGCAGCAAUGAUGACUCUGUGGAGUGUCCUUUGUGUAUGGAGCCACUUGAAGUAGAUGAUCUCACCUUCUUUCCAUGUACCUGCGGAUACCAGAUUUGUAGAUUCUGCUGGCACAGAAUCCGCACGGAUGAGAACAAGUUGUGCCCGGCAUGUCGAAAAGAAUAUCCUGAAAAUCCUGCAGACUUUAAGCCAUUAUCACAAGAAGAAAUGAUUGCUUUCAAGUCGCAAAAGCGUCAAAGGGAUCAACAACGGAAACACAAGAUAACCGAGAAUCGAAAACAUUUGGCUAACGUACGAGUGGUUCAACGCAACUUGGUAUUUGUCGUGGGUUUACCGCCUCGACUGGCGGAUGCAGACAUAUUAAAAAAGCACGAGUAUUUCGGAAAAUAUGGGAAAAUUCAUAAAGUCGUUAUAAACCCGAGUACCACUUAUGCUGGGGUGCAGGGUCCAUCAGCGUCCGCCUAUGUUACCUACGUUCACAAUGCAGAUGCACUACGAGCUAUACAAAGUGUCAAUAACAUAAUGAUAGAUGGUCGCCUUAUAAAAACCAGCUUGGGGACAACAAAGUACUGUAGCCAUUUCAUGAAAAACCAGCAAUGUCCUAAAGGGGACUGCAUGUACUUGCACGAACUGGGAGAUCCCGAAGCCAGCUUCACAAAAGAGCAAAUGCAUCAGGGAAAACACCAGGAGUAUGAAAAACGUUUACACGAUGCUCUAACUGCAUCUUUUGGACAGAAUUCACCAGGAGCUGCAAACUGUAAUGGAACACCAAAAACAAAUGCAUCGACCACGACGGCGUCUUCAGCCACAACAUCAUCGUCAUCUGUGUCAGCUGCUGCAAGUGUUGCCUCAAGUGCAGUAAAUGUUCAGCAAAAAGAAGCUUGGCCUAGUUUAUCCGUCUCGCCAGUCAAUGGAAAAGAGCCCACUGCAAGCACAAACACCAAUGGAAAAAAUAAAAAAGACAAAUUUCGAAAUGAAAAAACCCGACACGAAAAAGUCAAAUCCAAAAAUAACAAAAAUAGUGCAAGCUCUACUUCGAAUACAUCAAACAAGGAAAACUUUAUUCCAGAUGCCAGAGAUAUUGAAACAAUUACAACCACAAGUGCGGAAACAAUUAUUUCGACGAAAACAAAUUCAAGCAACUCAUCCAAUCUAUCAAGAACAGAGAGAAACAAAGAUAAAGAGUCUUACCAUGAUCCUAUUUCUAGUGAACAAAAGGAAAAUAAACAAAAUGUUAAAGUUUCACAAACAAAAACCGAAGUCGAGUGCGUAAAAGACAAGGAUAAUUCAAUAAAACUGAAGAAAAGGGAAAGUUGCGAAACGACCUCACAGCAAACGAGAUCGGAUUCUAGCGUUCAAAGGUCGCUAAGUUCUUGCAGUGAAAAUAGUGAAGGACAUGUCUCAGAAAGCAGCGUGAGUGAAAAGAGUUUACCUGUUGAUUAUCAGGAGAGCAAGUGCAAUAUUACUCGUUCUGAAGACAAUAUGGAGAAUGUAGAAAGCAUCAAUACAACUAAGGAGUCUAUGAAUGCCGACUGUAAAACAGUAUCAGAUUGUACAUCAGUAGUAAACGAGAGCAUAAACUCAGUUGUAAACAGCACUAAUAAUAAUGGGCUUCAUUUACCACAAAGUCCAUUGAAUCCACCAGAAAACGGAAUCCCAUUGUCCGAUGAGCUUUCCAAGCUAAAUAUUUUCGAUGAUACCAUUAGUUUCUUCUCGUCUUCAGCAGCAUUCCAGCAAGCUCCAAUAUUAAAAAAUAAAAUAGAAGUGGAAAUGCGGCAGUCUCAUUUGCCUGACUUGAUCAACGAUAUUGAUGGAAUUCAAAAGGCCUCAAAUACAAAUGAAUGGGAAGAUGCUUUUAAAAACGUAAUGCUACGAAACAAUAAGCAAGUAGAGGAGCAACUUUUGCAGCAGCAAAAUAUUCACCAGCACCAGCAACAUUUUCAUCAGCAAGCACUGCAACAACAGGAAGAAUUUCUUCGCAUGCAUGAAUUACAAAAAAGAAACGACAUGGCAAAUAAUAUUGCGCUCACGCAAGUAAAUGCUCCUUAUGCUGAUAUCCUUAGCCAUUUUCGUGGCAACUCAGUUGAUAUAAAUAGAGUUCAAGCCCUGCAGCACCAAAUGCAACAGAAUGCCGGAGAAAAUGGGAUUACGCCGAAUAAUGCGUUCGGCGGUAAUAUGUCAAAGUUCUUUGACUUUCAUAAAAGUCAACAGCAGUCCCACCAGUAUCCUUACGGUCAUACGAGCCAAAUCAACGGAAACUUGGAUGUGAAUGAUACACAAAGAGCAACAUCACUACUGGAGAACACUCGACUAAAUGCACCAUAUGUUGAAACUGGACCUAACACUAAAUCGCAUAUUCAAAAGCAAAGAUUAAUUGGAAUGUUUGAAACUUUGUCACAACCUCCAAACUCGCAAUCUCAGCUGAAUCGGUUUCCUCAAAGCACUAUUAUUGAUGAUGAUUUAGGUUUUGAUCCUUUUAUUGAAACUCAAAAAGGACUAGCUGAGCUUAUGGAAAAUGAAGUUGUUCAACAACAAAGUAUUAAUAAUGGAAACUCCGCAUUAAAAUUGCAACAGCAAGCACAAACUUCACAUCAGCAACGUCUUGAUAACAUUCAACGGGCUCGAAUGCCGCCUCCGGGCUUCAAUCAUAUGAAUUCGUUAGGUUUUGGAGGGGCAUCUAGAUUGCAUUCUAGUAAAAUGAUGCCUUUUUUGAGCAGCAGCUUAGUAAAAAAUGGUACCCAAGCGCAGCAACAUCAAGUGCCGCAGGCAACAAACUGGAACGCGAAUUUGCCAGCAAUGCACCCGAGUCAAGGACAGCACAUUGGAGAUGCACAAUUACAACAUCAAAUUGCUCAAAAUAAAGUUUAUAGUUCUCCUGACUGGACUGCCAUGGAUCCGGCUAUACUGUCAUUCAGACAGUUUUCAUCUUUUCCGCAAAACCAAAUGCCCCCACAUCCUCAGCAGCAACAAGACAUUUUUUUACAACAUUUGGUUCAACAGCCAAAUUCUCAAGGUUUCAACACUCAACCACAGCAACUUCUUUCUGGAAUGCCCAUGCCCAAUAACAUUCUAAAUGGACAACAGCUGACACAACCCCAGGUCAAUGCCAAUGUUCAAGGCAUGCUUGAAUUCUUAAAAAGCCGCCAAUUUGUUUAGCGACAUAUAUAGAUUUGUUUAUUUGUAUUCUUUAUGAAAUACUUAUUAAAUUAAAAAUAGAUCAAAUAAAAUUCGAAAAUUAUGAAA